CAUACGGCGCCGAAUAGCGAAUAUGGGGUUGCCAUUUUGACCCUAGCCAAUACCUUUAAUUUGUUUCCACUGUCUGCAAUACAAUAAUUAUUCAAAACACUAUCAAUCGUUGUUGUACAUCGCAAUACAAUCAUUAUUCGAAACACUAUCAAUCGUUGUUGUACAUCACAACAUGCGCAUGGACUCGCUCGAAUCCGGAUUGGACUUCAUAGAAUUCCUGGGAGAGAGGAAAUCGACUAUGUCGGAUAGAAAAGAACUUCGUGACAUUUACAACUUAGAAUUCAAAUGCAGGUAAUGAAGAGGAUGGGUUUUCAAAGGCUGACUAACUGUGACACCUGACCUGUCAUAGACGGCCUAACAGUACACGGUAUGCUUCAGUCAGACAGCUGAAAUAUGACUACAUGGUUUUGUUUUUCAGGGAAGGAAUGAAAUACCCCAAUUUUUCCAACGUUCUAUAUGCCCUGCUGAAAUUCAACAAAGUCCACAUACGACAGGGGAAAUUAUACUUUAAUGUCAAACCCCAGGUAAUAAUACCUUAUUGCAUUUUGCAAACCUGCUCAGCUCUAUUCUAUUGUAGUUAUUACUAUGUUCUUGAUGUGAGGCUCAGCCUCAAACUAAGGCAUCAAUCAAUGUUUGGGUCCCAAACUUAAAAGAGUGGCGACAGAAAUGAAAACCAUAAACAGCAAAGGGAAGACAAGUGAAACAGAUGAUUGAUUGAUCAGUAUAUGGGCUAUGUGCUUGUCAGGUAAUACAUAGAGCUCAAUAUCCCUUUCACACCCUUGUGGAUAUGCCCUAGACAGUAUCUUCUCCCUGGUCUCUGGUUUGACAGGUCCGAGUGUACUACUGUGACCAGUGGAGGAGAUCUUCUGUACUUCAACAGCAGGACAAUAUCACACCUCAGGAAAAUGGAGGAGCCCCAGAGCCUUUCUCUCCUCUCCUCCCAUCCUCUUCCUCCUCCGCUACCCCUGUCAACACUGUGUUGACACCCAAGAAGAGGCUUGCUAAAGAAAUCAUCCAAAGCCUGAAGGUGAACAGGUGAGAUAUUGUGUGACCUCCUACUAUAUAAGACUGGUUGGUGACAAGUCUGAGAUGACAACAAGAUAAUCAUUAGAUUAGUUGCAGCAGUUGGUCCAUGUCCUAUCUAGAUAGAAUGGUGUAUGAUGAUCAAAUAGAUGAUGAUCCUCUGUGGUUUGAUUGGUAUGUCUCUCUCUCUCUCUCUCUCUCUCUCUCUCUCUCUCUCUCUCUCUCUCUGUCUGUCUCUCUGUCUGUCUGUCUCUCUCUCUCUCUCUCUCUCUCUCUCUCUCUCUCUCUCUCUCUCUCUCUCUCUCUCUCUCUCUCUCUCUCUCUCUCAGGGCAGAGUUGACCUCUGACAAGGGUGGCAUUGAGAUCACUUCAGAUCCUGAGAUGGCCAAUGGUAAGGUCACGUUCAGCGUGGAGCGCCUGCAGGAAAUGUUUGUGGUCAAGUUCUACAUCUCUAACAAGGGAGCGAGCCGUGUGCACUUCACCUAUUACACGGCUCUGCACAGGAUCCGCUGUUUUACGCUGAUGGACGAGAAGAGAGUGACUCGGGCCUGUCCACUCUUCCUAUGUCCAGGUGAGAAAAAGACACAAGCACCAUCUGUCUCAAUGCAUUGUCAAAAUGGUCUGAAUACAUUAGGUUUUGCAAACAAAAGAACACCUUAAAAUAAAUUAACUUCCAGUGAGUUUGCCCUCACACCCUCUCUACUAAACCCUGCCUGGGUAUGUGUUCUGUUGUUUUCCACAGGGGAAAGCUAUGAUGUAGAGGUUCACUAUUGGCUGCAUCAUUAUGGCCAUUUCCCUGCCACCAUGUACUUUGAGUUCUGCACAGAGUCAGACCCCCCAGGCUCCUCCAAGCCCUUCUGCAUAGUGAGAGAGAUGGAGGCAUCAGCCAGGACUCACUUAGCUGUGGCACUGGGGCCUUUGGCUCCCUACAAGCCUUAUCAAAUGGUGCCAUACAAGCCUGUGGACACGGUGAGAGUGGAGGGAGAGCCCCCGGAAAGGUACAGUAAGACAAAGUGAUGUUUACACAUUUGUUUACCCAUUUUCAUCAACAGUCAUAUACUGUACAUACUUUUUUUCUAAUUCUAAUGAGCUUUCUUUUCAUGUUGUUUAUGUGGCUUGAUAAUGAUAUUCCUUAUAGUCAAACGUUACAUUUAAUUGUUCUCAUCUGUCACGGCAGAUCUGUUGUCCAGCCUCUGAAACUCAGAGACUACAAGUAUCCCUUUUACCUGAAGGACCUGGCUAAACACAGACUGGAGGACUCCGAGUACCUCUCUCCUACAGCCAGACAGAAGCUCUCAUCGGUGAGGUCAGUGUGCUGCCUGUCUGCUAGGAUCAAUAACUUGAUCCUCCGAGGCUGCCAAGACCCCAUCCUCCCCAUACUGAUAUCUUCUGUACUUGAAGGUCAUUCUCAUUGAUAAUUCUGUCUUGUCUAUGUUCUUCCCAGAAACCUCCUUAAAUGCCCUCUGAAGAUGAGGAACUACCACCAUCGCUUCCACCUCCUGCUGCACCUGGAGGAGAUCCAGAUGGAGGUGGACAUCAAGAGAUACGACCUCCAUAACCAGACCAUGACUCAGGACAGGGACAACAGAAGACUGCUGGUUCUCCAAGUAUGAAAAGGCAAAAAGCCAUAAUGUACUGUAUGUCUGCAGUCGUCAGAGAGGACAAUGAUGACUUAAAGUGAUAGUUCACUCCUAAAUAAAAUGGACAGACAUUUUUUUACCUAAAAAGUUGUGUAAUGAGCCCCAAUCCAGUGAUAUGCCUCAACCCCAAAUGAAUGGGUACUAUAACUGACUAUCAGUAUCACUCUAACCCUAAGUAUGCUGAGUGUCUUUCUCCAUGAUAUUCACCAGGUCCCGGGUGUGACAGAGAAUAGGCCAUCUGUCCUUAGGGGAGACUGCCUGAAGGUGUCCAAGUCUGAGGAAAAAGUCCAACCCAUCACAGUGUACACAGGCUACGUUCACAGAGUGGAGCUAGAAAGAGUCAAGCUGGGCUUCUCAAAGAGGUAAGAGAGAGAGACCCCAAUAAUGUUACAGUGCAAUGAUCUGUAGGAUACUUUCCAACCCCCUCUCUGCCUCUCAGGCUGGUGCAGAGCUUCAUCAGUAACACAAGGUUUGACGUGGAGUUCACCAUCAACCGUUUCCCCCUGAAGCUGCAGCACCGGGCGGUAGACCUGGCAGAGCAGCACCGGCUGGACAAGGUGCUCUUCCCAUUGGGCUCUGUUGUCCGGACUACCCCCAUACCCAAACUCAGGUCUGGAUCCCCCCUUCCAGCCAACAGAAAAGCACUCACACUGGCUUUGCUCUGUUGUUGUGGGUAGAUGGUUGUGUCAAACAAGAGGAAUAGAGACUGUUUCUUGUAAAACAUAUGUAAUAGCAAGAACCGUUCAACUCCAUUAGUAUGGAAUCACAAACCUAUUACGAUUAUGUAUCUGUAGUAAUUACGGUGUUGCUACACAAGUACGAGAGCAACUUAAUCUAAAGUGUUACAAUGACAUUUCAUACCAAAUUACAAACUGUAGGUCACAGACGGAAGCGUUGGUGUGAUUCCUAUUAUAUAAUGCCAUUUUGUAAGAAGGAGUGUCGCAAUGACAUUUCACAACUUAGGUUGUGAAUUGCUCCUCUCAUAUUUCUAAUUUUGCUCCCUCUGGCCUCUUGGUUUCAUGUCAGUGACUAGACCUUUUCAUUAAUGAGUUUGAAAUCUAGAGGGUCUGCCUUUUGUUAGCCUAAAAAAUCCCACGCUUAUCACAAGAUAGCAAGACAUUUCCCCAAGGAGGUUUUAUUCAAAGAAUGGAUCCAACUGGCAGCUUUAUCUGUGGCAAGUUGGCAGGGCCCAUAUCUAGUUUCUACAUCACAUACUUUCUCGUAGUUUAGUGGCUCCAUUUCUGGGCUAAGUUCAGUGUGUACUUGACAUGCAAAAACAUAUUUUCCUAUUCCGGAUCAAACAGUUUGAGUGGAAACAGUUGAUGACAGCAGAUAAGCCUGGCAUGAGAUCUGAAUGACCGUUCUUUCCUUCUGUCUCCAGCAUCUUCUUUUUAAACAUAUUUUUGAUUGGAGAAUACAGGUUCACACAUGUGAUAUGACAUUGUAGUAACAAUGUUCCAAAGUUUCCUCCACAUUUCUCCAGCAUGUUUAAUCGUCAGCUGGAGAACAACCCAGAACAACAUGCAGCCGUCCAUCGCAUCGUGUCUGGGGCCUCCAAGCCUGCUCCUUACUUGGUGUUUGGCCCUCCAGGGACCGGCAAGACUAUCACUCUAGUUGAAGCCAUGAACCAGGUAUAAAAUAUAACUAUUUCCUAGAAUAAUCGUGGCUCCACCUGUUCCUCAUGUGAGUACUGGCGACAAUCAGCAGUAGCCAUUUGGGAAACAUAUAAUUUAUAUUUUAUUCUGUUAUAUUCCAUUAUAUUCUUAGUGUAAAAUAUACACUGAGUAUACAAAACAUUAAGAACACCUGCUCUUUCCAUGAUAUAGACUGACCAAGUGAAUCCAGGUGAAAGCUAUGAUCCCUUAUUGAUGUCACUUGUUAAAUCCACUUAAAUCAGUGUAGAUGAAGGGGAGGAGACAGGUUAAAGAAGGAUUUUAACCCUUGAGACAAUUGAGUCAAUUGAGCCCUUAUGUGUGCCAUUCAGAGGGUGAACGGGCAAGACAAAACAUUUAAGUGCCUUUGAACAGGGUAUGGUAGUAGGUGCCAGGCGCACCGGUUUGUGUCAAGAACUGCAACGCUGCUGGAUUUUUCACGCUCACCAGUUUCCCGUGUGUAUCAAGAAUGGUCCACCACCCAAAAGACAUCCAGCCAAUUUGACACAACAUGGGCCAGCAUCCCUGUGGAAUGCUUUCGACACCUUGGAGAGUUGAGGCUGUACUGAGGGCAAAAGGGGGGAGGGGGGAGUGCAACUCAAUAUUAGGAAGGUGUUCCUAAUGUUUGGUAUACUCAGUGUAUGUGUUGUCUGUGUGGUAGGGCAGGGGAAUAUAAGCGUGUGAUGUCUGCUACAUGUUGAUUUCAUUGGCAUGGCACAGCCUUAUAGCCGUGGCUACUAAGCACAGAUAAAUACUCAAAAACAUGCUAUUCAGUUCUUUUGAAAAUAAAUGUCUUAGUAUCAUGUUUUUAUGACCUUGGAAAAUGAAAUAUUAGUAUUUUCUUUGUGAUUGUGUAUAUUUAAAUCGAUUUAUUAGACUGCCUAUUGGUACUCAUGGAGGCUGGCUAUUUUACUGUUAAAUAUGCAUUCGGUCAUUUUGACCAUCAUGGCGGCUUUGAGGUAGAAAGUUUUUGUCUUUUAUGGUAUUUAUUUAUCUCAAAAUCCAGCUAGAGUAUAAAAUACACAUAUUUAGGAAAAGUCAGGGACAGGUGGUUCAAGGUUUUUAUUUAAUUAAAAUUAUUGAAAUGACAAAAUUGAAAACGGUCAGAUUGACCGUCUUGGAGGUUCUAGUGUUAAACAUUAUGUCUGUGUUUUAGCUGAACAGAGUGGAUCCUUUGUGCCACAUCCUGGCAUGUGCCCCAUCUAACAGUGCAUCAGACCUGUUGUGUCAGAGGCUGCUGGGUCACAUGGACCCCCACUGUGUCUACCGUCUCUAUGCCAGCAGCAGACCCCUCAGCACUGUGCCCCAAAACCUCCUGGUGAGACUCUGUGUUUUAGGAAAAUACAGGUUCACACAUAUUACAUGGCAUUGUAGGCCACCUGCAUGGUGAAAAAAGGUAAAACAAAUAAAAUGCAUUGAGAAUACAAGUCUCAACAGAUUUCUAUACUCACUGACAUUUCACUGUGUGUCCUUUCAAAUGCCUCUCCCUCUCUCUGUGUUCUUCGGCGUUCCAGAAACAUUGUAACUGGGACGCGAGCCAGGACAGCUUUGUGUUUCCCACAAAGGAGUUUUUGAUGGGCUACAAGGUCAUCAUCACCACACUGGUGACAGCAGGACGGUGCGGCUCAUUUUUACAGUAGAAAGGCUGAAUGGUUUUAUACUGCUGUAAGAACAGAUUUGCAGUGUGUAAUGACAAUAGUUGUUACACUGUACUUGUACAGUGUUACACAAAAUAUAUCCUUAUUCCUGAACAAGUCUCUCUGGCUUACCACUGUGUGUUGGUGUUCCUUUCCUAGGCUUGUGUCCGGGGGCAUCCCAGUCGGUCACUUCACCCAUGUGUUCAUAGAUGAGUCGGGUCAAGCAGUGGAGCCAGAGAGCAUCAUUGGGAUCGCAGGUGAGAGAGAUAAUACCAGGGAGGGUACUGCUCAAUGUGUGAGCCCUAUGUUAGAUUGUACACCAUAGGCCUGGCUUAUGGUCAGUAGGGAACAACUUAGCAAAACGUUCUGUAACAGAGAACGAAAAUCUGUCAUCUUGUUGGAUAAACUCCUGUUGCACCUCCUCCAUUUCACUAUAUUUCAAAAAGCUUCAUCCAGUUUUGGCCUUAGUGAACAUGACCAUGUUGUCUUGCUACAAUCCAGUAGCCAAUGGCUGUCUAUUUUAUCCACAGGCCUGCUCCAUCCAGAGGAGGGCCAGCUAGUGUUGGCUGGAGACCCUCAGCAGCUAGGACCCACCUUACGAUCCCCCCUGGCCCUGCAGUAUGGAAUGGGUAGGAACUAAUACGCAAUCAAUGAAUCAUACUCAAUGACUAUUGUCAAUAAACAAUCCCCAUUUCCAUCAUGUCUCAUAGCUGGAAUAUCAGUGAGCUCCAUGUACUAUAAGCAGGGGUGAAAGUAAGGCGGUACGUUCUGGUACGGCGACCCAGUAAAAUAAAUAGUGGGGGUACGCUAUACCAGUAAAACAUGAGCCUAUCACAAUAAUUAAAACAAAAUGUCAAGAAAACUGUCGGCUAUUACACCACUUUUUAUCAUUACUGCAUGUCAGAGGCAUGAAAAAUGAACUUGAAAACGGGUGGUAUAGCCUACGCUGCAAAAUGCAAUGUGGUUCGAUGAGAACACUGACAUUUUUCCAAGGCAGAGAUGAGUGGCCGACACCGAGACGCACACGGACAGCAGUGGACGCAUAAAUUCUGGUCUAAUGACAGUCGGCAAAUGUCAUUACACUUUUUGGUGUUGUAUGUAACAGAUGUCUCUUUCCAUUCACCACUGUUUGGAGGCUGGAAAUGUGUUGCGAGUGGAUGAACGUGCACGGGUAGCUUAGCAAAGGAGCUCUUUAACAAUCAGAUGAAAACAUGACUGGUUGUGUUUAUGCCACAAUAAAAGGUAAUACAUUUUAUAAGUUAAAUGACAGAUCUUUACGACUAUGCCCACAGAGAUCCUAUUGAAUUAAUAGGGAUUCUAUAUGUAAUUCUAUGGUUAGGCCCAGAAAAAAUGUUGGUACCCACACAAGUGCAUUUAGAAGGUCCCGUACUGGGAAGAAAUGAAUUCUACUUUCACCCCUGACUAUAAGAUCAACUUUUGUGUAUCCCAGGGCUUUCUUUGCUAGAGAGACUGAUGAAAGACAACCCACUGUAUCAGAAGGAUGGAGAAUUUGGACACUUUGACAGUCGCUUUGUGACCAAGCUCCUUCGCAACUACAGGUAACUGCUCUCGCAUUUCUUCCAUCCUGUUCUUUCCAGUGUUGCUCUUUUGUAACAUAGUUUGAUUAGAUAGUUCUGAGCUUGUUCUUCUCUUCCUCCCCAGGUCCCACCCUGCUAUUCUGAAGAUUCCCAAUGAGCUCUUCUAUGAGAAGGAGCUGCAGGUGUUUGCAGACCAGUGGGAUCGUGAAACCUACUGCAACUGGGAGCAUCUGCCCAAGGAGGUGUAAAAGUGUUCUUUUUGGCCAGGUUCAGCUAGUACCAUCUCUGAUUCAAAACGUUUUCUUCCAUUUAGUGGCUACUGAACAUUAUUCUGAUUCGAGGUCUGUUAGGUGUGUGAGUUAGUGUUGUCACACCUCUCCAGGGUCUCUUCUCCUCAGGCAGCUCAGUAAUUAUAAUGUCAGUGUGUGUCUGUCUGUCUGAGGCAUGGUUGCUCCCUUCUGACCACAGAGCUAUUCCUGAAUCCUCAUUAACAUUAGUAGCAGGAUAUUUAACAAAGCAUCUCCCUCUUUCUCAAACAUGCAGCAACAGGUAUAUGUGGACUACUGUUUCUCCUGAUUUCUUAAUAAUAUUUAAAAAAUAAAACGUUACAUCAAAUAUGAGUGGCCAUGUUGCAGAAAGCUGUAUCUUAAUCAUGGGUUAAGUUGUGAUUGUGUGGGUGGUGGAAAUGUCUCAAGUAUUGGUUGCAUUCCUGUGGUGCUUCUGUGUAGGGGUUCCCACUGAUAUUCCAUGGAGUGUUGGGGAAGGAUGAGAGAGAGGCCAACAGUCCGUCCUUCUUCAACGUGUCAGAGAUUGAGGUUCUAGUGGACUACCUCACCAAGUUGAUGGAGACCCAGGGCAAGAAGGGCCUGCCCAAACUCUCCCCUAAAGACAUUGGCAUCAUCGCUCCCUAUAGGAAACAGGUGAGAUGUCUUCCAUGGAGUUAAAGCACCCAUCAUUAACUAUACCUGAUGUGCAGGAGUUUUACCUAAGUUCAUCUGCUGUUUUUAACAGGUUGAGAAAAUCCAGAAAGCUCUGAAUUUUGUCAAAGAGUUGAGUCAAUGGAAGGACAUCAAGGAGCUCAAGGUGAAUCCUGUGUUAUAAAUCAGUCUUACAACCUGAGGCCUUUGUUUAGAUGAGGUGCAAUAUGCAGAAAUCGCUCCGCCACUUCCUGGUUGCUAAAAUUCUAAUUUCAGUUUAUGUGACAAAAUAAGCAAUGUAUAGUAUAGAGAAUCAUUGUACCAUCUAAUCCGCUGUGAAAUAUAUUUUCAAUAACCAAAGAUAUUGUAUUUUCAGCUGUUUGAAGCUGGUGUACAAAACCAAAAGUAAAAGAGGCAAAAACUAAACUUAAGAACGGGAAGCAUAGAAAUAGCGCACAUAGAACGGAGCUACCGCUUCUUAGACUUGCUUUCAAUGCGAAUGACAGAUCUAAAACUCACAUUUCUAUGUGAAUUUGGUUGGGUCACCCAAAAAGUUACAUAUUGAAGCUUUAAGUGUUGACGAAGCAUGUUGUUGUUGUUGUUUCAGGUGGGUUCAGUGGAGGAGUUCCAGGGACAAGAGAGAAAGAUCAUCAUGGUCUCUACCGUCCGCAGCAGCAUCAACUACGUCAAGAUGGACCAAGACUUUAACAUCGGCUUCCUCACUAAUGAGAAGGUCUUUCCCAGCACUUACCUUUUACUCGCUCUUUCCCUAUGUGAUGUCUGUGUGUGCCCACAUGUGGACGUUGUGUGUAUGCAUAAAUAAUAGUGUAGUUAAAUUGGCCAGUGUUACCUAGUGUGGAUUUUUCAGUGUAACAUUUCAAGUGUUGAUUCUGGUGAUACAUUAAUUAUGUAAGUGUUAAAUUAACACUCCUUGUGUUGGUGUUAAUAACAAGUGUUGAACCAAAACCACGCCCAUCAUUAUCAUAUUUCCCAGCAUGCUCUAUUGCAGUUAGAUUUUUAGAAAUUUUGUUUCAAUAUUUAUGUUUUUGCAUGUACAUUGACUGUUUAAUUAAUCUUAUGCUCCUCAAAUAUAAAUAACAUACAUUUUUCUCAACUAAUCCAAUAUGUUAGUUGGACUAGUUACACCUGUUACUGAAAUGGUCGUUCCAGUUUAGAUGCUUUAGGUAGUCUCAUUUCUUAGUCUUCCCAACUCUGGCAGUCAUUCUGAAUUCAGGUUGCGGGUGAAUAAAAAUUCAAAAUGUUGGAUAUCCCCACUCUAGCUGGAUUCCAAUAGGAAUUACACAUCACUUUGCAAGCCAGCAUAAUGUGACUUGCAGGCCUGAUGUGGCCUGUAAACCAUGAAUUUCAGGCCACUGAAUCAGGGUAAAACAAGGCUCUCAACAUAAGGCCUUAUGAAAUACAUGUUGUAUUGUCUUAAAGAAUUACAUUUGAAUGAUAACAUAUUUACUUAGGAUCUUACUUGGUGAAGGCCACAGGAAUGAAAAAUGGAUGAGUGCAACAAAUACAGUCAUGGGUGGUAACUCUACAAUUUACUUGAAAGGCAAGGCACUCUGGGAAAUAUGCAAAUAAGGCUUUACAUUAAGCAAUAUGUUAAUUUAACACUGAAAAGUGGGGACCCAUAUAGACACUGGACCAGUGUUAAAUGUAACACUCAGUGUUGAUUUAACACUGGCGAAUUUGCUGUGUACUAGAGCCAAGAGAAAGUAUUAGCUUUUCACCAUGUCCUGCAGCUUUAAAGGGGAAUGGAAACACUAGGAUUUAGAACGCCAGCUAACUGUAACUGUAAAUCGCCAUAUUGGCAUUGUUGCAUCACUGGCAGGAGAGAACAUUUUGGAACUCCCAAAAAUGGCUGAAUUUACCGAGUAGCUCCGAGACUGAGAAUGAGUUUAUGGCAGAGGAUGAAGUAAUGUUAGUUAGGGAGCCAAUAAACCUACUGAAGCCAUCCAUGUUUGAGCCGAUUGUUGCCCCAGAACAGAGAGUUUGUUCUCGUAGCACUAAUAACACAGAUAUGCCGCCUGAAACACGUCAGCUAGAGGGUCGGUAACCUCACUCAUCGAUUCACUCUCAGAGUGAAAACUCAAUACCACAGACAAUUUGCUGAUUCCUGCCAGUGACGCACUAGCGUCAGUCGUUACUAUGGCAAUUUAAAAUGGCGCUGUCCAUAGCUCAAAUAAACCUUGUCAACGAUCAAAAUACUAAAUAUAGAGAUAUUUUUAUUUUAAAUGCACGUUUAGUAUUAGUGGAUUGAAUCUUUGUUAAGAUUUACUUCCUGAAGUGUUUCCAUUCCCCUUUAAGUGUGCCCUGUCUGUCUGUUCAGCAGUCAGCUGACCCCACCAUGUCUUCUCUUCUCUACAGAGGUUCAAUGUGGCCAUGACCAGAGCCAAGGCCCUGCUGAUAGUGGUGGGAAACCCUGUUAUCCUCAACAAGGACCCCACCUGGGAGCGGUAA